CCGCCCGCUGGAUGGUGCCGGGUGGGGGCAUGGAGCCCGAGGAGGAGCCGGGCGGCGCGGCAGUCCGGGAGGUGUACGAAGAGGCGGGAGUCAAGGGGAAGUUGGGCCGGCUCCUGGGCGUGUUCGAACAGAACCAAGAUCGCAAGCACAGAACGUACGUGUACGUACUGACUGUCACUGAGCUGCUGGAGGAUUGGGAAGAUUCGGUUAGCAUUGGGAGGAAGCGAGAGUGGUUCAAAGUCGAAGAUGCCAUCAAGGUUCUCCAGUGCCACAAGCCCGUGCAUGCCGAAUAUUUGGAGAAACUAAAGCUGGGCGGUUCCCCAACCAAUGGAAACUCCGUGGCCCGGUCCCUGCCAGAUAGCGAUCCCUAGUGAAUGGCAUAAAUGUUGUUCAGAUUUACUUUGAAAGACUCAAGUAUGUGAACCCAAUGAUGAAUGGAAUUGUGAAGCACAGGUGAGAUCUUUCACACUUCCAAGGACACAGCUUAUCUUAUGCUUUUAGAUACUUCUUCUCUAUUCCAGUGAUUAUCCUCCAGGUCAUUGCACUACCACUGUAACUGUACAAAAUUCUAAUUUGAUACUUAUGGCCUUUUUUGUGCUUUUAUGAUUAUGUAUCUGUAUUUUUUUCCCACCAGAUUAUAUGACCAUGAGUGCAAGGAACUUGUUUCCUUAGUCUUUUUUUAAUACCUAACAUACAAAACAUUGCUUGAAAUAUUGUAGAUAUCACUAAAGUUUGUUUAAUUAAUAUUUUGUAAUGACAGUGAAAGGUAAAACAUUCAUUUUCUAAUCUGUCUAGCAUUUAUAAGGCUUUUGUAUAUCAGGUGUCACACAACUGUUUCAAGGCAGCUGUGAGAUAUUAGAAAGCAAAAAUUCUUUCAUAUGUCAUCUCAACUGUUGUAUGUCUCCUGAUGGCAUUAUAUUACACCACCCAUAAGAUAUAUUUGCCAAAAUUUUUCAUCUAAAUUUGACCAUCUCUCUAGACAUAAUUCAUAAUGUAUAGAAAAUACAGGGGGCAGAGAAACACAUUACAUCACAGAGAUGAGAUCAACAAAAUCCAGACAACAGGAAACUCUACAAGACAAAAGACCCAGUUUCUUCAGUAAAUAGAUUGCAAGAAUUGAAAGAGAUGGAAGAUGAAUCUAUAGCUUAAAAGAGACUUAAGGGACACAUUAGCCAAUUGCGUGGACCUGUAAAAUGAAUAUUUUAAUGAGACAAUUGAGAUGACUUGAAGAUGGACUGGAUAUUUAAUAUUAGUUGAGAUAAUAAUAUUCUGAUUAUAUUGGAAACAAGAGUUCUUGUCUACAUUCUCAAGUAUUUAUGGUUGAAAUGAUCUGAUGUCUGGGAGUUCCUUUAAAAUAAUGAGACUGUAUCUUAAGUGCAUUGGAGUUAUUAAUGAAACAAGAUUGGCCUUGAUAAUGUUGAAGCUGGGUGAUGGUUAAAUGAUUCUUUAUAUAUGUUCAUCUCUACUUUUAUAUGUUUGACAUUUUUCUAAAUAAAAACUUAAUAAAAACA